AUGUCCACCGAAGAGUCUAGGGCCCCUUCCUCUCGCUCGUCGUCUAAUGGCGACGACGCUUCCGUCGACUCGGGCUUUGCCUCGACUGGCAAUUCCACCGCCAACCUCCCUGCCAUCUCGCUCACCCCAGCACACCUGAAGCACCUCAACCAGCAACUGGAGCACAUGCACCCCAUGGACAUCCUCAGGUUCUCCAAGGCCUUCUUCCCCAACCUGUACCAGACAACAGCCUUCGGCCUCACCGGUCUCGUCACCAUCGAUAUGCUGGCCAAGAUCCAGAAGGAGAACCCUCAUUCGCUGCCCAUUGACCUCAUCUUCCUGGACACCCUUUACCACUUCAAGGAGACAUAUGAGCUCGUUGACACUGUCAAGGAGCGCUAUGGGCUCAAGAUGCAUGUCUUUAAGCCACUUGACGUUGAGACAGUAGAGGAGUUUGAGAGCACAUACGGAGAGAAGCUGUAUGAGAUGUCCUCGGAGCUGUACGACUGGGUCGCCAAGGUCGAGCCUCAACAAAGAGCAUACGAUGAACUGAAGGUUGGCGCCGUCCUGACUGGACGUCGCCGGUCUCAGGGUGGCCAGCGUGGUGCCAUUCCCGUCAUCGAGCUUGACGAGGAGAGAGGCAUCAUCAAGAUCAACCCCCUCGUCACCUGGACCUUCAAGCAAGUCAACGACUACAUCAAGGAGAACAAUGUGCCAUACAAUGCCCUCCUCGAUCGGGGGUACAAGUCCGUUGGUGACUGGCAUUCGACAGUCCCGGUUGCCGAAGGCGAGGAUGAGCGUGCCGGUCGGUGGAAGGGCCAGGAGAAGACUGAGUGCGGCAUCCACAACAAGAAGAGCCGGUAUGCUCAGUGGCUCAACCAGACCGCAACGGCGACGACACAGCAGCCAAGUCAGGAGGUCGCUGCCUGA